ACCUGUUUUUUCUUUUUCUAAAAAACAAACUUGUUUUAUUAUCCUACUUUCUUUUUUAUUAUUGUUGUGCAUAUUUUAGAGGCCAUGUCUCUUUGUCCCAAAAGGCGGCCUUGAUCAAGUACUAUUCUUAAGAUUAUUAGUAUUUUCCUAGUAGUCGAAUAUGGUGUGAAGAACUAUGAAAAUGAAACCUUUUUUGGAGUCUUUCAGUUUCUAUUUACUUUGAGGAUUACAAAGCCUGAAAUGAUUUUCGUCGUUUUCCAUGAAAUUUUAAGUUUAAAGAGUCAAGCUUGAGCGGCUGAAAUAUAAAUAAUAAUAUUAAUAAUAGAUAAAGGAGUGGUAUUUGAAUAAAUACAGAGACAGAAGCUCUGUUCAGUUGAAACCUAAGCUAAGCUGCCUUCUAACAGGUAGAAAUCAUGGGUGCCGGAGGAAAAAUGAGCGUCCCAGCCACCAACGGUGACAUCGAAAAAAAACACGAUAGAGCCCCUCACUCAAAGCCUCCUUUCACCCUCAGUGAGAUCAAGAAAGUGGUACCUCCACACUGCUUCAAGAGAUCCCUUGUCCGAUCCUUCUCUUAUGUAGUUGCUGAUAUUUUCUUCAUCUCUCUGUUCUAUUACAUUGCCAGCUCUUACUUUCACCUUAUUCCGAAGCCUUUGUCCUACUUUGCCUGGCCAGUCUAUUGGUAUUUCCAAGGAUGUGUGAUCACCGGAAUUUGGGUUCUUGCUCAUGAGUGUGGUCACCAUGCUUUCAGUGACUACCCGUGGCUCGACGAUACAGUUGGUUUCAUCCUCCACUCGGCCAUUGUGGUGCCUUACUUUUCGUGGAAGUACAGUCACAGGCGCCACCACUCCAACACGAACUCUAUCGAGAAGGAUGAGGUGUUUGUUCCGAAGCCUAAAACCACCAUUCCGUGGUACUACACUUACAUAGACAAUCCACCAGGAAGAAUGAUGAUACUUGCGGUGACACUUCUUCUUGGAUGGCCUUUGUACUUGGCUUGCAAUGUCGCGGGAAGACCUUAUGAUCGGUAUGCCUCCCACUUUGAUCCGUACAGCCCCAUAUACAAUAACCGCGAGAGGCUUCAGAUCUUCAUGUCGGAUGCAGGAGUUCUGGCAAUGUCGUAUGUGCUCUAUCGUAUUGCUCUGGUUGAAGGAUUCUCCUGGAUCAUAUGCUAUUUUACGAUGCCUUUACUUGUUACAAAUGCAUUCCUCGUUUCAAUCACGUACCUGCAGCAUACUCAUCCUUCACUCCCACAUUAUGAUUCUUCAGAAUGGGAGUGGCUCAAGGGAGCUCUGGCAACGGUUGACAGAGAUUACGGAGUUUUGAACAAGGUUUUCCAUCACAUUACAGACACCCAUGUAGCUCAUCAUCUCUUCUCCAAUAUGCCACAUUAUCAUGCUACGGAGGCAACAGAGGCAAUAAAACCCAUGCUCGGGGAAUAUUACCAGUCCGAUAGCCUUCCGUUCUAUAAAGCUCUGUGGAGGGAAGGAAAAGAGUGUCUCUAUGUGCAAGAAGACGAAGAUACUCCAGAUAAAGGGGUGUAUUGGUACAAGAACAAGUAUUAGCAUUUGGUUAGUCAAUAUGCAGAAAUUUGUAUCAGUAGGUACGAGUAUUGUUACUUGGUUCUAUGGAAAAAAAUAAAUCUUCCUUUCAACAA